AUGAAGGACCCUGCAGACCACAGCUGGAGCCUCCGGCAUAAUAGCUCUAGCCAUAUCUCAUCAGCCAUGGGGGUUCCCCUGAGACCUAUGCCACAGCCAGACCAACACGCCAAAGCUGCACACUCAGCAAAGAGGAAAGAAAAGAAACGCUCUGUAACCGCGGGAGGAUUGGUUCUUUUCUACCACGACAGCAGCCUCGUCUCUCUCCAUCUGCGGCUGAACGCUCACAGGACCCAGGCGAGACCCAGGCAGGGAGAGGACAGGAGGAAGGACACACUGAAAACCACAGAGCUUCUCGCAACAUGGGGGACGAAUAGUGUCCACGCAGCCUGA